AUGGCCGCUUAUCAGCUUGAUUCGAUAGAAGGUAUCAUUGCAAAUACAGAUCAGCUUGAUUUGAUAGAAGGGAUUGAAAAAUCUAUAAAUGCGGCCGAUACGACGGCAAUCGUGGCGGCAAGCAAUCCGGUGCUAGGAAACCUUGGCAAGCGCAAAAAUCGAAGCAUCCACGCGGAUAAUCUUGCUAUGCAAGCCGCUUCUUUUACAAUUAGAUUCAAUGAUGGAAAAUACUUGAAUAGCGAUUGGGUUGAUAAAGCAUUCAAUUUAGACGAAGAGGUUUAUAAGGAAUUUAAUUUGCGAAAAGACGAAGAAGAAAAUAGUGAUAUACCUCGCGAUAGAUACGUCUCGAUUACCGAUGAAGAGAUGGAGAAGGUCACUCGGCAAUUAGCACUCACGCUAUAUAAUGACCGUUUGGCAAUUUCGUCGCUACUAGCAAAUCUUUAUCCAAUCAAGCCUCUUUACGUCUACUUUUCCCUUGAUAAAAAGAAGUAUUGGCGAGCUAAAAUUAGAGCAAAUACCGAUGAGAUUGAAUACGAAUUGCCGGGUCCAGCCGCUUGGUGGAAUAUAAAAGGAUUCGAAAAGAAUGCUGAAUUUGAAGAAGCUGAUUGCGAUCUUAUUUUAUUUCAACGCGUUAUGCAAUUGAUUUGGAAAAAGGACGAGCCAGCUCCGAAGUUGUUUUACGGCGUUAAGGAUGGCGAUACGGAAUUGAGAUCAUUCCCAAACUCAAUGCUUAAGUUUAUGUCUUUUGACGACACGCCAGGUCUCUUGGACGCACCUUACAUGCGCCAAGCUACUUCCUUCCUUUUUUCCUUCGCAUUCUUCGUAUUCUCUCAUUCCCCGCUUUUGACUUAUGAACUAUGGUUCACGAGUCCUUGGCGCUUCUACCUUCGUUAUUCUCAACAACAAGAGGCUAAUCAAAAUCCUUUGCGAAUCGAUUGGAAUAGAAAGAAAACUUCUUCUGUAUGGACUGGAUUCGUUCAAGCAGCUGAGAAAUCAACAGGAGAGCCUAUAAUAUGCUAUAAAAAGUGCGACCGAGCUUUAAAGCAUCCGAAGCUAAAGGCUUCUGGAACGAAAGCAUUAGCCGAUCAUCAGAAAACGGAUGUUUGCAAACGCGUCACACAUCUAUCACGAGGAACGCUUUCGCAUCAAGACUUAAAAUCAGCAUUUCGAAAAGGUGUUUUAGAUGUUAUAUUAUCUACGCGAAGCUCGUUUCGAAUAGUUAAUAACCCGGAUUGGAAAUCUCUUUGCGAAUUACAAAACCCACAUCUUAAGCUCCCUAGUGCUUCAACUAUUAAGCGAGACCUUGACGAUAGGAUUCUAGAAAUUAAUCGCCAUCUACUAGACAAUUUACCAGCCAAUCAAAAACUCAGCAUUUCACUAGACUAUUGGUCUAGCACUAAGCGCUAUUCUUUCAUAUUUAUACACGUUGAGUUCAAUCAUACAAGAGAAGAAUUAGCAAGAAUUAUUCACGAACGCCUUACUAAAUUAGGCUUAACAGAAAGGAUAAUCGCGAUUACAACGGAUAACGCAUCUUCGAAUAACACAAUGAUAAAAGAGUUGCCUAAAUGCGUCGAAGAUGCAUUUGAGAAAAAGCUUUUUAUAAGCCAAGAGAUUCCACACGUUCCGUGUAUAGCUCACGUCUUGCAAUUAUCUCUUAAAGCGUUGCUCGGACCGCGAUUAUCGCCAACGAACGAAAGCUUAGAAAAGCAUUAG